GAGAUCUGUCUAUCGAAUAUAGAUAUUCAUCAAUCUUUUUUUGAAAAAAAAAAAAAGUUUGAUGAAUAUUCAUCAAACUAAGGAUGGGAAAGAAAAAGUGUUUGGUAGUUGUAGUGGGCAUUGUCGUUGUGAUAGCCGCAAUCGUCUUAUGGUCCAUCUACGGGUCUCGGUCGUCGGGCAAGAACUCAUCAGAUCAGAAGCCACCGGAAUAUUCCUUCACGGAUGCCGUCGCGACAAACGUUAGCAUUACCGGCGAAGCAACACGCAAGAUCUUCACCGCCGACUUCACCUUCACCCUGAAUGCCUCCAACCCCAACAAAAACCACACCCUUUGCUACGGCGGCGGGGAGGUGUCAUUCUUUGUGAGAAAACGCUCAACCCGGAACCCGCUGGCCUCCGCCGUGACAAUGCCAGCCUCGCCACGCUUCCGCCCUCUUCACCUACAAUCUUCAUGCCCAAGGCGUGCCUCUUGACCAGGACUUCUCCUUCUGGUUUUCCCGAAUAAAUGAAGCCGUCGUCAAGACGAGGUUAGGGGUGAACGUUACGGCUUGGUUUGGUAAUGAGAACUCGACGUCGCUUUCAUAUAGCCGGCGGCUUAUAGUGGUGUGCGGUGGUCUGGCCUUCAAUUCUACCAAUCAGUUACAGACGGAUUACCUUUUGUGUGACUCCGAUCCAUCUUCGAGAAACCUUGACGGUUGACCAACCAAAUAAUUAUUACUCCUUACUACGUAUGUUGGUACUUUUCUAUUGGUUGAGUAAUAAUACAAUCAGUGUGGUUCAAUUGGCUGAGGGAAAUCCUAGCCGCCUCCUCUCCUUCUUCUCUCUUUGUUCAAUUUUCUUUU